GUAAAGGGCUGCGCCCGUGAUCUCUACUGAAGGGAUCACGUGAUCUUCGACCACGUGAUAUACCUUCUGUACGGACACGUGAUCAGAAGCGAGUAGGUAUAAGAGAAGUCUGUACUUAGUUAUCUUCUCUUUUUCUCAUCUUUUAGCUUCUGUACGAUAGGUAGAAGCAUACUCGUUCGCUAGGCCUCUCCGCCCAUAACAUAAGCUAAAAGAUCACUUUAACCUCUCUUACUCUUUUCUCUCGUACGGAGCGAGAGAGAAUUGAGAAUGCAAAACGAGCAAGAUAUAACGAUGGAGCUACAUAAGCCUAUGCCAAACCUAGAACCCAGUAACGACCCACCAAGGCCUCCAACGUACGAGGAGCUCACAGAAAGCUGGAGCCAACUGAAUGCAACGAAUAAUCUACUCCGACGAAACCUAGACCAGAUAGCUACAAGACUUAAGGACGCUGAAGGCGUACGAGAAGAACUCCAAGAGAUGAAAGCCCUUUUUCUCCGUACGGUACAGGGGCAAGCUACCCCUAACGCACAGACUCCCAAUCUCACGCCAAGUAUGGAAAGUCAGCAACCUCCUAGCCAGCCUCUAGCUACGACUACGCCCGUACAAGAGUUUGGAAAAGCUAGACUCCCUGAUGUUAGAAUCUUCGAGAAAGGUUCACACGAAGAAUACACGCAGUGGAAGAUGCAGAUCCGUACGAAACUAUCAGCGGAUUACCUAGCUUACCCUACGGAGUUCUACCAAGCUCACUAUGUGAUCUCCCGGACGGGAGAACUAGCCUUUUCAGCAUUACAGGCUUACGUACAAGACUUCAUAAGCAGAAACGUAUCACCUAGCUUGAGUAAGCUUUGGGAGCAACUAGACGCGUUCUUCGAAGACCCUUCAAUUAAGCAAAAAGCUCUACAGUAUCUCCGUACAACUAAGCAAGGAAAAGGCGAGUUUCUUCUCCACGUACGAGCCUUUAACCUAAAGUUCAACGAAGCCGGUUUCGGACAAGACGAUAACGCGCUGAAAAUUGACUAUCUCAAGAAUUCUCUCAAUAGAAAGCUACUACGCUACCAAGCUGGGUACCAGCCUCCUUCAAACGAGACGUACGACGCCUUUGUUCAUCGACUUAGGAACACUUGGGAGAAUCUCAAGGUAAUUGACCAACUCUCGUCCAACGCGCCCUCUUACUCUACCUCUCUUCCUACGUCUACCCCAGCUGCCGUAGACGAAAUGGACUGGACGCCUAAUGUAGGCGCCAUGCGUCCCCGUACGAGGAACGAGUACUGGGGUACACAAAGCCAAAUUGCUCAACGCAAGGAGGAGGGCAGCUGCCUACGUUGUGGCAUCCACGGCCACCUCGUACGGCAGUGUAAAGCAGCAGUCCCAAAACGCACGCGUAAGCCAGAGACCGUGACAAAAGUCCUAGCUGCUACCUUAGAAGACGAAAGCUCGGACGAGGGAAAAGAGGAGCCCUAGUCCAAAAACGCCGACUAGGGCAGCCAAAGCAGGUUAAGCAGGUCGUACGACCUGUCCAAGAGCUACUUCACCAACUAAAGCCUACUCAGCCAAUGUCCAUAGACGUAAUCGUUAAUCUUUUGAAAAACGCUACUGCUAUGAUUGAUAAUGGGUGCUGCACUUAUGCGAUAGUAUGUGAAAGACUCGUACGAGAACUUGACCUGCCGCGCGUAUCUAUCCCUACUAGGGAAAUUGAAGGUGUCAAUAACCAGAAAAGCACUGUACGAGCUAUUACUCAAUUCACUGUAGAUGUUGGAGGAAUUAAGCGAAAAGCAGC